ACGGAAGUAGACACUAUGAUGUGUUGUUUAGCGUACAUAAACAUUAAACGAAGCAUUUUACCUGCUAAAGAUUUACUGACGUCUAGCACAUAUUUACAAUUUGGUUCUAUUUGUCUUUUAAGGAUUCAGAUACAUCCAUUUUCAGUUAGGGAAUGGCUGGGUGCAUCUGUAUUGUAUUGAAAGAGCAUUGAAGAUUUGUCAUGACCAUGGGACGUAGGAGGGGAGGUCACACUCCUAAAACACCCCAGUCCCUGGUUACACACUCCUCCAGCACAUGCAGACACUCGGAUAAAGAGGAAAGUUUAAAGCACAGAAUAUGUAUGGUUUCAGACUUUUUCUACCCAAACAUGGGGGGUGUAGAGAGUCACAUCUACCAGCUCUCACAGUGCCUCAUAGAAAAAGGACAUAAGGUUGUCAUAGCAACACAUGGUUAUGGAGACCGCCGAGGAGUUCGCUAUCUGACCAAUGGACUGAAGGUGUAUUACCUACCCCUGCAGGUCAUGUAUAAUCAGUCUACAGCCACCACCUGCUUCCUCAGUUUGCCACUGCUUAGGUGCGUGUUUGUGCGUGAACGCAUCACAAUCGUGCACGCUCACAGCUCAUUUUCUGCAAUGGGCCAUGAUGCUCUUUUCCAUGCCAAAACAAUGGGACUCAAUACUGUAUUUACAGAUCACUCUCUCUUCGGAUUUGCCGACCUGAGCUCCGUACUGACUAAUAAACUGCUGAACGUCUCAUUAUGUGACACAAGUCAUAUUGUGUGUGUGUCAUACACUAGUAAAGAGAACACUGUUCUGCGGGCCGCCCUUGCCCCAGAGAUUGUCUCUGUCAUCCCGAAUGCGGUGGACCCCACUGACUUCACCCCUGAUCCCUGUCGGCGUGAUAACAGCAAGAUCACCAUUGUGGUCAUUAGUAGAUUGGUUUACAGAAAAGGGAUUGAUUUACUAAGUGGCAUCAUUCCUGAACUAUGUGGAAAGCACCCAGAUCUCUGCUUUCUGAUUGGUGGAGAGGGACCCAAAAGAAUCGUUCUGGAAGAAGUUCGAGAAAAGUAUCAGCUACAUGAUAGGGUUCGUCUACUAGGUGCUCUGGAUCAUAAAGAUGUGAGAGAUGUUCUUGUUCAGGGUCAUAUAUUUCUCAACACUUCUCUUACUGAGGCCUUCUGUAUGGCAAUAGUGGAGGGAGCCAGUUGUGGGCUGCAGGUGGUAAGCACUCGGGUUGGAGGUAUACCUGAGGUCCUACCCAACGAGUUAAUGACACUGUGUGAACCAACAGUUCGAUCAAUCUGUGAUGGGCUAGAAACUGUUAUUGCAAACAUCCGCACAGGAAAUGUGGCGUCUCCUGCUACCAUCCACCGUAAGGUCCGAACCCUCUACACCUGGAGAAAUGUUGCUGAUCGCACAGAAAAGGUGUAUAACCGUGUAUGCAGGGAGCCAGUUCUGUCACUGCCUGAUCGAUUACACAGAUUGCAGAAUCACUGUGGGCCUGUAGCUGGAUUAGUUUUUUCCAUUUUUGCUGUUCUUGACUUCCUUUUCCUGCUGUUUUUGCAGUGGCUUCGCCCAGAUCACCUGAUUGAUGUUGCUGUAGAUGCAUCUGGCCCCCACAGUCGUUUGGGGCAGAACUUUAGUAAGACGAAAAGUAAAAUAGCAAACCCAACCUCUGUGUCCUAACUGACCUAUGAUCUAACAUUACCUUAUUGUAGUUCACCGAAAAUGGUUUGUCACUCCAAACCCCUAUACUGUAUGUAUUUUUUUUUGUUAAACAAAAUAGGAUUUUUUUAUUCAGAUAUUUUACAUUCAACGACAGUUUAUAGGAAAUUUUCAAAUGAAGCAUUCUGUUAAGAUGCUUUUAAUAAUCCUUUCAAUCCAGGUUGCAAAUAGGAUGAAUUACAUGAAUUGGACUGAUCCGCUUCUUGAAUAUAAAUCACUGAUCUAGUAACAGCAAUUCUCUGAUGCUGGAAAGUCAGUGAAUUAUCAGAUUAUAAGUUAAAAGGUACAUAUUUAUAGUAUUAUAUGUGAAUAUUUCCCUAAAUAUUAUGGUUUGUAUUGUUUCAGAAAAGAAACAUCUUAUUUGGUUUGAUAUAACAUGAGAGUGUGCAGAAAACACAAGUUUCUUUCGAGGUGAACAUUUCCUUUAUAUUAGUCUUAUUUUUACCUUUACUGGUAAAGGCAGGAUGCAAAUAAAGUAAGUACAGAUGUGCACAACUAACCUGUUUACAUUUCUGAAUAAAAUAAUAACCUCAGGUGUCUAUGAAGCUUUUAAUAGCCGUCCACUCUUGCUUUAAAUUUAGGACUCUUUCAAACUGGUUUUGUGUAUGGUACACCAUUAUUUUAUACUUCCCUUUUAUGUUAAUAUUUAUAAAUGUGAUUGACUGUGACAAGCUUUCUUACUGCCUGAAUUGUUUUUUUUUUACAUAAUCUACAAUAAAUAUUGAUAACAAGCUUG